GGCCCAAGCCCACUUAAGGAGGCCCAAGCUCUAUAUAAGGAGGCCAAAGCCUCCAAGCCAGGGGAUUCUCUCUUCUGGCCACACACUCUUACCCUAAGGUCUCUCUCUAAACUCUCUCUCUCUAUAUACCAUAAACCACUUCCUAUAUCGUACUAACUUGGGCGUCGGAGCGUAGAUCCUGGGGGCCGCCCCCCGCCUCACAGGUUCUUCCACUCUCGAGGAGAUCAGACGAGGGAGUCCAGAUCGGAUCCCCAUAACCGCCUAGUACAUCCUAGGCUCAAACAUUAUCGACACAAAUUAUUUUUAUCACGAUGCACAGAAUUGAAGAUUGAAGAAUGAAGAAGAAGUCGAGCAGAGGUGGUUGUGUGAGCUUGUGUAAACGGAGUUGUUUUCCUCAGAAGCACUGGAGGAGCUGAGCCAAGGCGACGUCGUUGCAUUAAGAAACUACCAUUUCCAUUAUUACUGUAGAUAGCCAGCUAUCUUCUUAUUAUUGGUUGUAGUUUUGAUUUGUUACCAUUAAACAGAGAUUAGGAACUGUACAACCUGUUUGAUUGGAGUAUAUAUACAAUCCCUUUGAGGCACCAAAACCCUCGUGUUUUUCAUCCAAUUCGUAUUAUCAUAGCCUGGUUAAGGUCUCUAGGGUUUCUGUACCAAUACCAUACCCGGAGUCUUGAUUUUAGGUAGUCUUUAAUCACAAUGGCUACUAUUCCUUCUUCCAAUUCUUCUUCUACUACUAGUACUUCUGGUGCUCUUUCUGCUAUGAGCACCGUUACCAAUCCCUACUAUAUCAACCCAAAUGAGUCAUUGGUGUUUCCAAUCAAGCUCACAGGGACGACAAACUACAAUCUAUGGAGCAUAAUAGUUCGUGUUGCUCUUAAAAGCAAAAACAAGCUGGGUUUUAUCAAUGGGUCGAUUUCAGCUCCAAAUCCAUCUGCUGAAGGCUAUGAAGUUUGGGAACAAAGCAAUACGGCGGUUUACUUCAUGAUUCUGGGUCCCCUGGAUCCAAGCUUGGUUGAUAGUGUUUCUUCACGGGAUAAUCCGAGGCUGCUUUGGGAAGAUCUCAGGCAGCAUUUUGGACAGACAGACAACGUCUGAAUCACUGAUUUGCAGACAACCCUUUAUACCCUGAAACAAGGUAACAAAUCUGUCAAUCAAUA